AGGAGCCAAAGCAUUUCUUCACUCCGUGCGGCUGCAGAUACCGAUAUCGACCUGUGUUUAGGAACAGUCCAGAACUUCUGCAGCUCACGUGGAAGUAACAUGCCUCGGGUGUAUAUUGGACGUUUGAGCUACCAUGUCCGCGAAAAGGACAUUCAACGCUUUUUCAGCGGAUAUGGUAAACUUAUGGAAAUCGAUAUAAAGAACGGAUAUGGAUUCGUGGAGUUCGAGGAUAACCGGGACGCUGACGAUGCCGUUUACGAGCUGAACGGGAAGGAGCUGUGCGGGGAGCGGGUGAUCGUCGAACAUGCCCGCGGGCCGCGACGAGACCGAGAUGGCUACCACGGUGGGGGUUACUGGGGUGGUGGGCGCAGUAGUGGUGGUUUCAGCAGCAGGAGUCGCACUGGCAGGGACAAGUAUGGUCCCCCUGUACGUACAGAGUACCGCCUCAUUGUGGAGAACUUGUCUAGCCGCUGCAGUUGGCAGGACCUUAAGGACUUCAUGCGCCAGGCAGGGGAAGUGACUUAUGCGGAUGCCCACAAGGAGCGCACCAAUGAGGGGGUGAUCGAGUUCCGGAGUCAAUCUGACAUGAAGAGGGCUCUGGACAAACUGGAUGGUACAGACAUCAAUGGGAGGAAGAUUCGUCUGGUGCAGGAGAAGUCUCGCAAACGAAGGUCCUACUCUGGCAGUCGCUCCAGAUCUCGCAGUCGCCGUCGCUCUCGUAGUCAGAGCCGCAGAAGCUCCAGGAGUCGCUCCCGGUCCAGGUCCCGUUCCCAUGGCAACAAGAGACGUAAUCAUUCCCGCUCCAGAUCUGGAAGGAAAUCACACUCCAAGUCUGGAGGAAGCCAGUCACGUUCUCGAUCCCGCAAAUCCAAAUCUCGUUCAUGCUCCCGAAAGUCCCGUUCCCAUUCGGGUGAUCGGAAAUCCAAGUCCCGCUCAAAGAGCAAUUCUAAGGUAAAGUCGGAGCGGGAUUCUCGCAGUCGAUCCAAGGAGAUGUCUCAUGACAAGAAGUCCCGUAGUCGUUCGGCUUCCCCAGUGGAGAAUGGGAAGUCUGCCAAGUCUGCCUCCCGGUCCCCAUCCCCUCAGGAAGUUGACCGGCGAUCUAAUUCGAGGGAGAAACGCUCAGUCUCCCGCUCAAAGUCCCGCUCAAGAUCCCCCUCGCGGUCCAGAUCAGCGUCUCGGGAUUAGUGAAAGGAGAUGUUUCUCAUUGUUGAGCGUUGAUCCCUAUGCUGUACAUAACGAUUAGUGUCAUCAUACUGGCUUAUGCUUCCUGACUUGUCAUCUCUCCUUCAAUUGUGCACUUGUCUUUUAGAUUUUAGAUGCAGUUUUAAUAGAUAAUACACCACACUCAACAGGACUUUUUUUUUUCUAACACAGGUUUACUAAAAUGAAGAAAAAAAUACCAAAAAAACAUUGCUAGUCUGUAGAGCUACACCAUCUUUAUAUAAUCCAUCCUGGUGAAAUUGAAAGCAUGUAAUAUCUUUGUGAAACAUACUUUUUCCCCAACUCGGAUCUGGUUCUGUUUGGUAGAUUGAUGCUCUUCAGCUAAUGACUGCACCAAUCAAACCCUUGGUUUCACAUAAUUUCAUGGUUGUAGGAGAAAAGUAAUGUCCAGCCACAGCAUUGUAGCCAUUUCCCCUUUGAUCUGCAGUUUCGAAUUGCUUUAUAAUGAAUCCUCUAUCUUUGGCGUUGUCUUGCAGGACUUAAAAAAUGCACACAACACUGCAAGAACUUGUAACUUUAAUGUUUGCAGGGAAACAAGGGUUUGUAUUUCGUGUUUGAACAACUUGCUUUAUAGGUGGAUUAUUAUGACCCUUUAACCUCUUGUACAAAGACCUUGCAUCACAUAUAUUCCUCUUUUCGUUACCUGAGAAAGAAAUCUGAAAACCUUUACUUUCACUUGCGUUUUAAGGCCUCAAAUGCAGUCAAGCUUUUCCUCCUGAAAUUGUGGGAGUCUUGAGUGAUUUAGUGUCACUUUUAUCAGGCAAGUUGUUUUUUUUGUCUGUCAGGCCUCUGCUUAUUUAAGGUGUGCAGCUGGGACUGAUGUCUUUUUGUACUGAAAGGUAUGCCCAUUCAAAUCCCUGGAGGGUCUGCUUGUGGGUUUAUAGCAGAUCAGGUUUGCCCAAUGCAGCCUCUCUCCCCUUUUGUGGAAUAGAUUUUUCAUUUUCUCCGUUCAGUUGAGAUCUAACAAUUUCCAUUUUAUUUUAUCUACCAUUAAAGAUCUUAACGAAAAA